GGAUAGGCUCCGGACGCGGGCCGUGUCCAGCAGGGUCUGGGCGUUUGGCGGCUUCUCCACUCAGCGCGGCAGGCCGGCGGGGCAGGGCGGCCAGUGGCAGAAGUUGUAAGUCAGUCGGCAGGGGCGAGCGGGCCGGGGGCCCUUUCCCCCAGGCCGCACGGACGGAGGAGGCGCCGCCGGGUUGCAGAGCCACACGCACUCGCCCGGGUCCAUGGCCACGGUUGGAGAGUGGUCCUGCGCGCGCUGCACCUUCCUGAACCCGGCCGGCCAGCGCCAGUGCUCCAUUUGUGAGGCCCCCCGGCACAAGCCUGAUCUCGACCAGAUCCUGCGGCUCAGCGUUGAGGAGCAGAAAUGGCCUUGCGCCCGAUGCACAUUCCGGAACUUCCUGGGCAAGGAGGCCUGCGAGGUGUGUGGCUUUGCCCCAGAGCCCGUGCCUGGCACCUCCCUGUUGCCAGUCAUCAACGGGGUCCUAUCCAAGCCGCCCACCAUCCUGGUGGAGCCCAAGGGCAGCUGCAAGGAGGAGACGGGUCCAGUGCAGACAGAAGAACUAGUGACCGUGGAGCCCGUUGCGGGUCGGCCCGAGGAGGAGGAGGGGGCAGCAGAACUUGGGAGCGGCUGGGCCUGUCCUCGCUGCACGCUGCACAACACACCCGUCGCCAGCUCCUGCUCUGCCUGUGGGGGCCCCCGGAAACUCUCGCUGCCCAGGAUUCCUCCUGAGGCUCUAGUGGUCCCUGAGGUUGUGGCCCCCGCCGGCUUCCACAUCACACCUGCCCCACCCCAGCCGGGGGAAGGUGCUGAGGCCGACCCUCCCUCUGCUGCUGACCAGGAGCCACCCCGGAUGCCACCAUUCAGCCCCUUCUUGCCCACUUUGCAGAACAACCCCGUGCCUCGCAGCCGCCGUGAGGUACCCCCCCAGCUGCAGCCACCGGUGCCUGAGGCCGCCCAGCCCUCACCCCCUGCUGGCUUCAAGGGGCCCCCCCAGAGCCCAGGGUGGACUUCAACUGGGGCCUCCCGCUUGGCAGAGCGGCUGUCAGGCAAGCGGCUGAGCGCUCUGGAGGAGGAGGAGGCUGAGGGCGGCUCUGUGCUGCGCCGCUGCAGCUCCUGCUCGGCACCCGGCCCCUCGAGCCUGUGUGAAGCCUGUGGCGCCGCUCCAGGCAGCGAUGUCAUUGACCUGGCCGGUGAUACCGUGCGCUACACGCCAGCCAGCCCCUCCAGCCCCGACUUCACCACAUGGUCGUGCGCCAAGUGCACACUCAAGAACCCCACGGUGGCCCCUAGGUGCACUGCGUGUGGCUGCUCCAAGCUACAUGGCUUCCAGGAGCACAGCGAGCCCCCUGUUCGCUGCCCUGACUGCAGCGCCGACAAGCCCAGCCUCUGCACUGCCCACAAAGCCAGCCGCCUCUUUCCUGAGGCACCCGAGCGCCCAGGCCAGUGGGCCUGCCCCGCCUGCACACUGCUCAAUGGGCCACGGGCUAAGCACUGUGCCGCCUGCCACACGCCCCAGCUCCUGGAGGCCCAGCGUCGGGGUGCUGUGCCCCUGAGGCGCAGGGAGAGUAUGCUUGUGGAGAAGCGGCGGCAGACGGAUGAGGGUGAGGCCAAGGCCCUCUGGGAGAACAUCGUGGCCUUCUGCCGGGAGAACAGCGUGAACUUCGUGGAUGACAGCUUUCCACCCGGGCCCGAGUCUGUGGGCUUCCCUGCAGGCGACAGUGUCCAGCAGCGCGUGAGACAGUGGCUGCGGCCCCACGAGAUCAACUGCUCCGUCUUCAGGGACCACAGCACCUCCUGGUCCGUGUUCCACACUCUCCGACCCUCAGACAUCCUACAGGGGCUGCUGGGCAACUGCUGGUUCCUGAGUGCUCUAGCUGUGCUGGCUGAGCGGCCUGACCUGGUUGAGCGGGUGAUGGUCACACGCAGCCUGUGCACGGAGGGCGCCUACCAGGUGCGGCUCUGCAAGGAUGGCACGUGGACGACGGUGCUGGUGGAUGACAUGCUGCCCUGCGACGAGGCCGGCUUCCUCCUCUUCUCGCAGGCCCAGCGGAAGCAGCUGUGGGUGGCCCUCAUUGAGAAGGCGCUGGCCAAGCUGCACGGCUCCUACUUUGCCCUCCAGGCAGGGCGCGCCAUCGAAGGCCUGGCCACCCUCACCGGGGCCCCCUGUGAGAGCCUGGCGCUGCAGGUCAGCUCCACUAACCCCCGAGAGGAACCCGUUGACACUGACCUCAUCUGGGCCAAAAUGCUGAGUUCUAAGGAGGCUGGGUUCCUCAUGGGCGCCUCUUGUGGGGGAGGCAACAUGAAGGUGGACGAUGCUGCGUACGAGAGCCUGGGCUUGCGCCCCCGCCACGCCUACUCCAUCCUGGAUGUCCGUGAUGUCCAGGGCUCCAGGCUCCUGCGCCUCCGGAACCCGUGGGGCCGCUUCUCCUGGAAUGGCAGCUGGUCGGAUGAGUGGCCACACUGGCCGGGGCAUCUGCGUGGGGAGCUCAUGCCGCACGGCAGCAGUGAAGGAGUCUUUUGGAUGGAGUACAGCGACUUCAUCAGGUACUUCGACUCCGUGGACAUCUGCAAAGUGCACUCGGACUGGCAGGAGGUGCGGGUGCAGGGCUGCUUCCCCAGCUCGGCCAGUGGGCCCAUCGGGGUGACAGCGCUCACCGUACUGGAGCGUGCGUCCCUGGAGUUUGCCCUCUUCCAGGAGGGUAGCAGGCGCUCGGACUCUGCUGACAGCCACCUCCUGGACCUGUGCGUCCUGGUUUUCCGAGCCUCCUUCGGCAGCGGUGGCCGCCUGAGCCUGGGCCGCCUGCUGGCCCACAGCAAGCGAGCUGUCAAGAAGUUUGUCAACUGUGACGUGAUGCUGGAGCCCGGCGAGUAUGCCGUGGUGUGCUGUGCCUUUAACCACUGGAGCCCCACCACGCCGGGCCCACUGGCCACCACACAAGCCUCCAGCCCCUCAGCAGGGGUCCCGCGCUGCUCCCUGGAGCCACCCGGCCAUGUGCUGGCUGUGUACAGCUCAAGGCUGGUCAUGGUGGAGCCCGUGGAGGCCCAGCCAACCACGCUGGCAGACGCCAUCAUCCUGCUCACGGAGAGCCGAGGGGAACGGCAUGAGGGACGUGAGGGCAUGACCUGCUACUACCUGACGCAUGGCUGGGCGGGGCUCAUCGUGGUGGUGGAGAACCGGCACCCCAAGUCCUACCUGCAUGUGCAGUGUGACUGCUCUGAUAGCUUCAACGUGGUGUCUACACGCGGCAGCCUGCGCACCCAGGACAGUGUGCCACCCCUGCACAGGCAGGUCCUGGUGAUCCUGUCCCAGCUCGAGGGCAACGCCGGCUUCUCCAUCACCCACCGCCUGGCACACCGCAAGGCAGCCCAGGCCUUCCUCAGCGACUGGACAGCCUCCAGGGGCACCCACAGCCCCCCACUCACGCCCGAGGUUGCUGGCCUGCACAUGCCCCGGCCAUUGUGACUGCCCUGCCCUCGCCUGCCUGCCUCCCCACAUGCACUUUAGGAGGGAGACCCCAACAGAAGAUGCUUGAACCAGAAUCUCAGGACCCCACCCAGGGAGCUGCAAGCCGCAGAGCAAAACUUCCCCUGGGCCUUCCUCCCUGCCCCUCCCUCCUGUCCUGGGCCUCCCAGCCGCCAAGCAGAAUACCUCCAACCCGCUUCUAGCGUGAGGGGACUGCGCCAGCUCCUCUGACCAGCCUGCCUCGAGGUCGGGCUCAGAUUGCCAGGGCUGAGGUGAGGCUGCCCUUCUCCUGUGGGCCUGGGGCCUCCUGCCUGUGUGAGGUAGCCAAGAGCUCCAUUUACAAAACCAAAUCUGGGCAGGUCAGAGGCUGGGACCCCAGGGUGAGCAGGGACCAUCCCAUCCCCCCUUGUGGGGAUCAGAGCCUGGGACCCCAGGAUGAGCAGGGACCACCCCCUUGUGGGAGUCAAAGGCCAGGACUCCAGGGUGAGCAGGGACCACCCCCUUGUUGGGGGGGAUCAGAGGCCAGUACCCCAGUGUGAACAGGGACCACCCCCUUGUGGGGGUCAGAGGCCAGUACCCCAGUGUGAGCAGGGACCACCCCUCUUGUGGGGGACAGAGGUUGGGACCCUCAGAUGAGCAGGGACCACCCCCUUGUGGGGCAUGAGCCUCCUAUCCCCAGCUUGCUUCAAGAGCCCACCUUCCCACCCCUUCGACCCCCACAAGACAAGCAGGGGUCCCUGGAAUCCCAGCAGUGUAUCCCAGGAGGCAGGUGCCUGGCGACCAUGGGCUCAGGACCAGGGAUGGGGAGGGUCCUAGCUGCCUGCCCCCUCUGGCGACACUAUGCAAUUCCUGGACCACUAGUCAGGAUCGAAGCCAUGCCCCGGGGGCUGUGGGUCAGGAGCUGCCAUUUGGUGAGGUGGUUUGUCCUCAGCACCACUGACCUCUGCCAGGAAGACCAGGGUCCAAACAGAAAUCCUUGGCCAGCCCUGUCUAGGCACACACAGGGAGGUUGUGGCUCUUCCCAGCGCCUCCCCUGCCUCAAGCCCAGGUUGCUGGGCUGCCUCCCAGCCGUCCGCCCCCAUGGCUGCUCAAAGCCCUGCACCUGCCUGUGGACAUGAGGCCAGCUUCCGGGGGCCACCUGGCCUCUCUGCCCUCCCGCCCCAGGCAGUGGGCGGCUCUGCCCACCGCCCCUCACUUCCCUGGGGCUUGCGGGGGGGGGGGG